GUACCUUUAUCCUGUUUGGAUUUGUCUUUUUCAAUUCCUUCAAAUUCGAAUUUCUUUUCUAUUUGUGCACUUUGCUAAUGGAUUGUGAUUUAAAAUUUAGAAAUCUCCACAGCGAAGAUGAGGUGCAUGUUGCACACCCACUUGAAGUUGCUGGGUACUCUGAAGAGGAGGCCGCCAGCCUGGAAGGCAUGCUCUACCGAUUCAAGCAUGCGCCUCAUCUUUUCAUGGGGGCAUUUGAUUCCACGGGCGAAUUGUCCAUGUCUACGCAUGAUUCCAAAGGGACAACUGUAUGUGUGCACUCAGUGUGCGUUGCACCCCAGCAGAGAAGACAGGGUAUUGCUUCCAGACUUUUGGGUGCUUACACCGAAUCAAUCAAGCAGUACAAUGCGCGUGAAGGGGAAAAAGUGAUAGAAAGACUGGCAAUGCUUUCACGCGAGGAUCUAGUUCCAAUGUAUAGGCGUGCUGGAUACACAUGCCUUGGACAGUCUGGCAUAGUACAUGGCACCGAGAAGUGGUAUGAUUGUGUACUUUGCCUGUAAGUAUGGCAUGCCUUUGCCCAUCUGCACAACUUUUGAAUUCAAGCCUUUCGAGUCGCAUUGUACGUGGUCUUGGCUUAAUUCCGUAAAAAGAGAAAUAUGAAAAUACGAAUCAAAUAAAUGGGUACAAUAUAUCCAACCAACUAAACGAUAAAGUAAUGAAAUAUGAAAGUUUUAUGAACGGGAUAUAAAUAAUAUAAUACUAUGUAUUUAAUAAUGUCUAUAUUAUGAGUGUUAUGUAUUGGAGAGGUAAGAGAGAACAGCUAGGUGAAGUGUGUCACUGCGUGGCUAACAGGAUAGGC